AGAGAUUAGAUAGCCGGAGGGUGUGCCAAAGACUGCGCGCACUUGUGGGAGGAUGGGUGCAUCAACUUCGCUGCCUUGUGACUGCUCCCGCGGCGUGGCCCGCAUGCUCAACAGAGGUGGAUCCUCAAAAGCCGCUUGUGCUCUUCGGAUAGUACAGAUCACGGAUGUCUAUGUUUUGGACAAUUUUCCUAGUUUGCGUACCCUCAUCCAGGAGAAAGCUCUUGAGUUGGAGCGGAGAUGUGGCGGACAAACCAUAAGCAUGCUCACAGGGGAUUUCUUGGCGCCAUGUUUGCUAUCUUCUAUUGACAUGGGCGUCGGCAUGAUGAAAAUGCUCAAUGGCACCCCCAUCGAUUUUUUGACAUGGGGGAACCACGAGGACGAUAUUCCUCACAAGGAAGUUCUGAAAAGAGAACGAGAGUACACGGGAGUGUGGAUCAACACAAACAUGAAGUCACACGAGUCCUUUGCGAAGUCUACAUGUCAGGUUGAAGAAGAAGUGCUGCAAGUCGUGUCAUUUGAUGGCAGCAACAUGCGCAAGAUAGGUCUCAUUGGUGUGCUGAGCAACUCGCCCAGUCUAUACAGACCUGGUGCGUUUGGUGGUGCCACGAUCGACGACCCCUGGGAGACAAUGUCAACCUACAAGAAGAAACUUGAGCAGGAGCGGGGCUGCGACGUCGUGGUUCCCCUUUGCCAUUUGUACGAGCCACAGGACGAAAGAACUUGCAGAGAAUUUGAUUUUCCUGUAAUUUUGAGUGGCCACGAUCAUCAUGUUGUUGACCGAAUGGUGGAUGGGACUAGGUUGUUGAAGCCGGGGCAGGAUGGCAUCAAGGCAGUUAUCCUUGACCUUUUUUGGCCAAAUGCAUCUUCAAGCUCAGAUCCGGUAAUUGAGUAUGAGAUUGUCACUGUUGCUGAUUGGCCACCUAAUGAAUCCUUGUUGAAGGUUGCGGAGGAAUCCUAUAAAGUAUUGGACCCUUUGCGAAGGACAGAGCUCGCCCAGGUACCAUCCGCCUAUCGCCCAUUGACUUCUGUCCAAGCUCGUGGCCAACGAGUCUCGAUGGGUACGUAUUUGCUCUCAAGAAUACGGGAUGCAAUGAACAUGGAUAUGCCCCUGGGCGAGAGGUAUGUCGACUGUGCCUUGCUAAAGGGAGGGAACAUCCGCGGGGGCCGAGAGUACAAAGACGAUGAGCACAUCAACUUGGAGGUCUUGCAGACCGAGAUUGAAGAGGCAAAGCAAAUCCUUGUGAUUCCGGUUCCCGGCUCUGUUUUGAGAGUCGGUCUCAGGGAGACCUUUGGUGCACCUAACCCUGGUUGGAUGCAGUACGAUGAUGAGGUUGAAUUGGACGAUGAUGGAUAUGUCGUGCAAAUUGCCAAAGAGUCGUUGGAUCUCAACCGGAUUUACAAGGUGGCCAGCAUAGUCGACUUUUGGCGGAAGCGUGACGCUCCUUCAAUUGGUCAGUACUUUGAAGAUCAUCCUGAAGUGCUGCCUGAACCAGACUCUGGAAGGCCGGUGCACGCCCUGCUCCUGAAUUUCUUUGCGAUGCAGCUGUGGGCCCGAAUAUGGAAAGAGCUUGGCCUGAACAGUGGCAAUGAGAGCAUAGAGCCGGAGGCGUUCAGAGCAUUAGAUGCUGACGGUGAUGGUGUUGUGUCGAAGGAUGACCUCAAGAACAGGCUUCAACAGGUUUCUGGGUUCGAGCAUGUUUUCGAGGGCAUGGAUGUCCUCGUUGACAACAUGUUGAGCGAAAUAGCAAAAUUUGGACAGCAGGAUAACGGUCUCAGCUUGGAGCCAAGACAGGCAGUAACAGGCAUCUCUUUGAGAGAGUUGCUAAGCUCAGAGAUGUUAAGAUUUUAAGCCUUACAAUGAGAGAGGGAGAGAGAGAGAGAGAUUUCAUAGACACUUGCUACAGGCCUGCAGUGUAACAAAGCAGACACUUGCAUGUGCAAGCGGCACUUGCAAAGAUGUAGUGGCAUUCGAAAAAGCUCCUAGUAGCGUCCUUGUUCCUAGUAGUAAGGCCAGGAGCCCCUAGUAGCUUCUUGCUCCUAGUAGCGAUGCCUUUUGCUCCUAGUAGCGUCCCCUACAGCAAGUCAAAGCGAUCAACGGCGACUGCACGGCGCUGCCCUUUUGGUUGGGCGAACCCCUCCCCGCUUGAGAGGGUAGCGGCGGAUCAAACAUGAAAAAAACUCAAGUGCCAGCGAGCACUUCACAAGCUGAACAUACGGUAACAUGUUUGGUCCUUGGAAAAUUGGCUGUCAGCCGUUGCGCAACUCAAUCCUCAGAGGUCAGAGACUGGCCACCUUGGGUGGACGUCAUUUGGAGGCAUUCGGACUGGUGGGAGUUCAUUUCACGAAGGCAGCGGUGCACUCACGCUGGUUAUUUGGGGGAGGCCACUGCUAUUAGGUUGGAGGCCAUUGCUGCAGGUGUCUAGCAGCUAGCAUUUUCUAUGUUAGGGUAUCCAGUGCUUUGUGGCCUUCCCAUGCAGGCUGCUGAGCUUCAUUUCGCUCUGGACCUCCUACAUCUUGAGUUCAUUUCGUAGACGUCUGGUGACCACUGUCUCGUCAUUCUGCGUUCCCACUUCAGGUCUCGUAGGUGGUCUGUUUCUGCUCCAGCGGCCCAGCAGGAACCCAGAGCCGGAAUUCCCUGGCGGGAGGCAGCGCAAGGAACAGCCCUCGUGCAAGACAAAGUGUCGUGCAACUCUUAUAGUCUUAUAGUCCUUGUGCAUGCUGCGCCCGACAUGGCUAGGGACUAUGCUGAGCAGGUACGGCCUCCCUGUACAUAUAGUGAUGUAGUGAGUGGGUGCAUGAGGCCUUGAGCCCAUUCCGAGUUGAGCCUACAACCGAAGGAAAACGUCUUACCUACACGCCCUGUAACCCCGAUGAGGGAGACAAAUGAUCAAUUUCCAGACUAAGAGAAACCUGCUUCCAUCGCAUGAAGCUUUGGCCCCCCAAAGGUGAGGAAGCCAUUCAGGCAGCUGCAAAGCACUGGUCCAGUCGAAGUUUGUCAUCCUUGCUGGAUUCGGAUGAGGAAGGUUCAGAUGGCAAUUGAUAGUUCAGCGCCAAGAUUCCCAGGCAACGAGACUGGGAAAGUUAGGCGUUGGGCCAACAGCUGUGGCAAUUCAUUUAAUUUCUUUCGGUAAGUUUGGCCAGCGAUCUCUUAAAGAGGCCGGCGGCGCCAGAAUCAUUUUGAACAAGAAGAUCUACAACUUAGUUUGUUCAAAAGGCGCAAGAAAAGGCCACUGAACAAACUCAAGGCUCGUGUGCUGAUUUGCUGACUGGCGUUGGAACUCCC